UGAUACUUCAACGAUGUGUUUUACUUCUGUGGGGCUACAACAGAUCGAAUUUGGCGACGUACAGCUCAAUAGGGGGCAUGUGAAGUCUUCACUAUUGACAGUAUUUGACGCGAUACUACAACUUCCAUGUCACUAUAAUCGUGCUGCAGAACGUCUUGGUAUAAUAUUUAUUUCGGGGCCCAUCAGACCAACUAUGAACUUCUCACAAGUUACAUAUAUGAAGUUAAUUACUUCAGGAAAGAGAACGAAAAGGUGGUGCUAUAUGCAGAACUAGUGUCUGUUAGCAAAAAGCCACCCACGACAAUGCAGAUAUCCAUCAUAAUUUAACAUGAAAUAUGCUCAGACAGGCCGGUUUACUCAAGCAACUCGGCCGGCCUCAGGUCCUAACGUUCCAAGACGCAACGAGAAGACCUGAGACACGGAAGCCAGCAUAACACAAGUGACACCCCAGCCCGAAAGCCAAAUUAAGUGCUCCUCAAAACUCCACAACCGAUCAUUCCGAUCUGUGAAGACCAGUCUGGUGUGGGAGGGUGGCUCGGCCGAAUACGACUUAGUUGAAUGGAUAAGCUGUUGUCAUCAUGGCAUUUGAUUUUUUUACGAAAGGUAUUGCUUCCUACCUUUACCGGUGAUUGAGGAUAUUGAGGACCGCCUAUUGUCUCGUUAGUUGUUGCCUUGAAAUGUAAUCAUUGCAUAACAGUGUUUGAGAAUGUUUUCAGAAAAAUAUUUUUGGUAAUAAGAUAUCAUCAAGGUGUUCAGAAGCAGAACUGUUUGAAAUGUUUUUUCAUCAGGAAACGGAUUGGAGUGUUCGCAAGGGAACUCCAGGUAUUGGAAGAAGAAGAGAGGUCGCUCUUACCAUUGCAGCCAAAAAAUAAAACUUUCCUAUAGUUCCUAUCUCCUAUGAUUCUAAUCCUGUCAGCCCAGAUCCUCAAAGAAAUGUUUGGAUAAUGAUUGAAGGUGGAUGUGCUUCAGAUGGUAGUGCAUGUUGUUCGAUUUGGCUCAGGUAAUCGCCAGAACUCUGUGAAAGAAUUUCAUCAGGAGCAAGGGGAAUGUAUGAUAUGACAGUACUUACAGUAUUAACUGAAUGCUCACACCGUGGCGCAAUACAGUAGGUAUGCUGCAAAGGCGAUUUUGAACAUGGAUCUUUGCCAGCAUUCAUUGCGUUUGUAGAAUGUAAAGGGGAUUUGAGAGUUGAAAGUUUUCGUUUUUAAAGCGGGACAGGUGCUCCAGAAAACUCCCAAGCUAGCAAUUAGCGACGGAUAAUCGUUCCACCUAGCGUGCGAUUAGCAUGCCCUUCACGGAGGAAGACCUGGGAACUUUUGAGCGCAUCGCAUUUCUACGACACCAGCUCUCUGCCCAAGAAAUGGCCGACAGACGCCGCAUCAACGGACCCAGCUGCGGCACGGCACCACCACUGUUUACGGGCAGUGAUGGAAGCAGCCCCGAGACGAAGAGCAGAUUGGCUCGAACAAGAGCGCCGAAUGUGAUUCGGAAGAUUUUUCUCAAAACUGGUGUCACUCCGUCUGCUUCAGGCUCCGCAUAUCUCGAAUGCGAAUCACAGCCGAAAUCAUCAACCCCCAAGUUGUCGUCGCUAUCAUCGUCGGGGAUUAAAAUAAGCUGUACUGUCCAUGGGCCACGACCACUGCCCCGAUCUGCACCAUUUUCGCCCCAUGUUGUCCUGGCAGCUCAUGUUAAAUACGCCCCAUUUGCCACCCGGAAGAGGCGUGGGUACCAGCGAUAUCCAGGCGAGCGUGACCUUGCAAUGCACCUCGAAACGGCAUUGAGGGGAGUUGUCAUUGGAGACCGAUGGCCAAAAAGCGGAGUCGACGUUGUUAUCACGAUUUUGGAGGGCGAGGAGGAUCAAUGGUGGGAGGACGACAACCAGGCUGAAUCAGGACCAGCGGGCCAGUGGGGUAUGAUGAGUGUUCUUAGCGGCUGUAUUACAGUUGCUUCUGCCGCUAUUUCCGAUGCAGGAAUUGACUGCGUGGACAUGGUCUCCGGCGGGGUAGCAGCGGUAGUAAGGGAUCGAGAGUUACAAGUGUCCGCCAAAUCCGGAACUCUUCCACAGCCUACCUUGGUUUUAGAUCCGGUGCCCUCGGAGCACUCAGAGAUACUAGCAGCCUGUGUGGUAGCAUAUUUACCUUCACGAGACGAGAUCACAGAUCUCUGGGCGAAGGGGGAUUUUGACACGGGAUAUUCGGAAGACGGACAUUCUUCUUACGAUUCUUUGUCGGAAAAUGCUAUCGAGGCAGCAAAGGGGUCAUACCGAGUACUCGAUGCGGCACUGAAAGAGUCCGUAGCUCUGAAACUGAGAGGUUGACAGGAGGCGCCACGGUAAACCAAUAUACCUGAGCUCUGGGAAAGAUGCGGUAGCAAGCUGUGGAAGGCAGAAGCCAUGUGUCAAAAGGCAUGUCCGACUAUCAACACCGGAGCGGAAAUAUGCAAUGGCAAGGAGACUAACCUUGAUCCUACUAAAUCCUUUGGGAUGGGAUAGAUCUCUCUCACGAAGAACUCGUGCCUUGUACACACUUCAGUACAAUGAGUGAGAGUUUUUAUCCAGUGGCACAAAAAUAAAUCACGUGCCAUAGGGCUGUCGCCAAGGGCACAUCCCACAAAUCUGCUUAAUAAGCACCUUAUACUAGCGCCGUAUG